UCUUUUAAAAGUCUGUGCCUUUAUUAACACUGGGCUCAUUUAAAUGUGAUGAUACUUCCUGUUUUUCUAUUUAUAAUUUCAGUCUGGUAGUUCAAGAGUGAGUGACUGAAGGGCUGACUGAGCAGAAAGAAUCUUCAGAGAAAAGUUAAACGAGUAUGCUGGUCAUCUUUGGGGUCCUGGUGGUGUUUGCUGGAGAUGCGAUGGGUUUGCUGUCUCCGAACCCUCAUUGCAGAUUUACUCAGAGUGAUCCAUGUUAUGGAGCUGUGGGACGACCACUGUACCUGCAGCUGCCAUCUGCGUAUGACCUAAUCUUAAAGAAGAGCUACAGUGAAACUGCUGAUUGUAUUUUCAGAUAUAGAAACCAAACAAUCACACAAAACCAUCCAGGUUAUCCAAGAUGGCAGUUUGUUACUAAAGAAACAACAAUGAACAUACGCAGUGCAGAGAAAAGAGACUCAGGAAGAUACAUUUUAGAAACAUUUGAUUCAAAAGGCACAUCAAAAGGCAUUUAUUACCCCCAGCUGGUUAUUGAAGCUGCUGUGUCCUCAGUGGAAGUGGAAGACAGCUGCUUCUCCAGUUUGAAGAGGAGAGUUUCCUGUUCAUCUGAUGGAGACCCGCUCCACAUCAGAUGGACACUUAGUGGAUUCGCACUUGGAUACCAGCUGGUUGAUGGGAACAAGACUCUUCUGCUGGAUAGAGAUGAUGCUGGAAAUGUCACCUGCUAUGUGCAAAAUAAUAUUAGCCGUUUAGACAAAGCUACAGAACUAGGCCAAUGUCCUGACUUGAUUUCAGGAAUCCCUGUUUGCAGAUUUUAUCAGAGUGAUCCAUGUUAUGGAGCGGUGGGACACCCACUGCACCUGCAGCUGCCAUCUGAGGAUGAAUUAGACUUAAAGAAGAGCAACAGCGUCAAUAUUGCUCGCAUUUUCAAAUUUAGGAAACAGAAAGUGACACAAAACCAUUUCGAUCACCCAAGAUGGCAGUUUGUUACUGAUAACAGAACAAUGAUAAUAAGCAGUGCAGAGAAAAGAGACUCAGGAAGAUACACUUUAGAUACAUUUGAUUCAAAAGGCACAUCAAAAGGCUUUUAUCAUCUCCAGCUGGUUAUUGAAGCUGUGGUGUCCUCAGUGACUGUGACAAAAAGCUGCUUAUCUAUUGAGAAGAGGAACGUUUACUGUUCGUCUGAUGGAGAUAAUGUGCACUAUAACUGGACUUUCCCUCAUACACACCAACUGGCUGAUGGGAACCCGACUCUUCUGCUGGACAAGGAAGCUCAUGGAAGUGUCACCUGCUAUGCUCAGAAUCAUGUUAGCCAUGGACAAAAAACUAUUGAGAUACAGCAGUGUCCUGAUCCUACGACCGUGACCCCCUCUACAAGUCUGAAGACCUCAGUGACGCAGAGAGGCACUGGUACAAAUUUCAUUGAUACAGAAGCUCAGUCUCCCACUCAUAAUCACACCUCCAACCAUCAAGAGUCACUUAUUCUCAGGUCUCAGCAUGUGUUGCUAAUAGCACUAGGCUCUGCUGUUGUGGUCCUCAUCGUGCUGUCCAUCAUACUCUACGUUAUUUACAGGAAGAAACAAGCCCCAAAGAACAUAGGAUCUCCUCAAGGUGAUGGGGAACUACUGUAUGUUCAGGUCACCCGUAAACAAACUGGUGGGGCAGACAAAACAGGCGGGAAAGCUCAAGCUCAGGAGGAGGAUGUAGAGUACGCCACGGUCGUCACUCAGCCCAAAAAGAAGAAGAAGCAAAAGCAGGCAGAGGAAGAGGUUCAGUAUGGAGAGGUGGUGUUCAACACUGGUGGUGCCAAACACCAGAGAGAGCAACCUAAAGAGCAGGAAGACUGUGUGUACUCACAGGUUCAGCAUAAUCGGUGAGGGUGAUGCCUGUACAAUGUAGUAAAUACAAGGCCACAAAGUAGCUAAGCAAGACUUUGGUUUCUGUCUUUAUUUGUUCUUAUUUAAGUGCAAAGUUAUUAUCGUUGUUAUGUUUUAUGUCUUUGCUAUUUACUCAUUUUUGUUUUAUUAUUUACUAUUUAGUUUUAAUAAGUUUUAAUGUAAUUACAUAAUUAAUUACAUCACUUACUCAUGCAUGGAACUGCAUUACAAUUAAUUUACGUUCAGUUUCAGGUCUGCACUGUUUUUUCAUUGAUUUUCUGUUUUGAUGCCAACUAAUGACAAACAGGCAAGAAUGUAAAGAAUGGGUGACCCUUUAUUGUGUCCCCACUUUAUAGUAAAUGCAUCUAAUAACUGUGUUGUUCCAUAUUAACAAUACAUGCAACAACAAUGUAACUACUGGUGAUGUGUUCACCGUUACAGUUGGGUUACAGUAAUAACAACUCAUGUAAAUGGAUCAACUUCAGUUCCUACUCAUGUAAUUACAGAAAUAUAUCUUGAAAAUUGGAGCAGCACAUUUAUCUUAUGUAAUUACACAUGUGUAAUAGGCUAAUUACAAUUGUGUAAACUCUAAAAUUUCCUGUUUGAACGAGGAGGUGUGUCAUUACUUACAUUUUAAAAGAAUGUACACAGCGACUUUCUUAAAAUUUAGCUAGCUGCAGGACUAUGCUUGUGUUACCCAACACACUAACCAAAGUUCUGGUUUAUAUAUUAUAUUAUAAUAUAUAUGGGUUUCAUAUUUUCCCAAAAACAAUGCCUGGAUUGCCAGUCUGGAAUUUCACUGUACCUACAUAACAACUACACUUUAAAGUAAUGGUUCUUCAAAGGUUCUUUAGCUAAGAAAGUGGUUCUGUGUAGAACCAUGAACAAAGAACCCUUGCAUGAUUAAAGGGUUCUCUCCUCAUGAGUCAUUUAUAUUGAUUGAAAAUGUGUUGUAUAUGGAUCAGUAUAGAACCUUUAUGAAAAGGGUCCCAUAUAGCACCAUAAAGGGCUCUUCUAUUGGUACACUGUCACGCUUGUAAGAAAAGAAGAACCCUUUUUUGGUGCUGUUCUAUAUAGAACCAUUUUCUUUACUAAAAAACCCUUGAAGUAGCAUCAUUUGAAGUGUGUAUAAAGGAACUGCACUUACUUCAAAGUGCAACUUUUACAUAAUUCCUGUAGGAUACUACUACGGCUAGCUAAAUGUUUGGAAAGUUGUCAGUUUCUCGUACAGAUGCCAGUAAUUACACACCUCUUGCCAUAAUCAUAAGUCGUUUGGUAAAAGCAGCAGUUUAUACAAAUGUAAUUACUCUAUUACACAUGUGUAAUUACAUGACAGAAAAUAUUGCCAUUAUGACUGUCAAGAUAUGCUUCUUACAUAAGUAACUGAAGUGAUACAUUGGCUAUACUACUGUACUCCAUCUCCAACAGUAUCGGGAUUACAUCACUUAGUUACAUUGUCAUUGCAUGCAUUGUUAAUGUGUAACUACACAGUUGUUAAUGCUUAACACAAUAUUUUAAGGAAUACAUGUUACAGGUAUAUUAAAGUCUCCUUCUUUGUUCAAUAAAGCCCAAAUUAGACUCUUCUAAAUGAGUUAAUCGCUGUGUAUUACCUUUAUUCAUUAUGCCAUGUUGUGUAAAAUCACUUUGCAUUAUGAGUUGUAAUAAUGCAGGUGGCAACCUAUUAAGCAUGAAUAAUUGGCAACAAUUAUUCCUAAAGAUUCUAUAUAGCAUCAGGAUAUUAUUACAUUAGAGCUAAUAAGAGUGUAAUAAGGUAUUAAUGGGUUGUAAUUCUAAAGUGCAGUUUUUGUUUUGUUGUUAAUGAUCCUGAAUAACUACUGAACUUCUUGAAAACCUCUUAGCCUCUGGUUAGUGAGCACUAAAACUGCCCUUUAGAUUAAAGCACAUCUGGAAUGAUUAGUGACUUAUUAAACUUUAAUUAGCCCAGAUGCAAUAAACACUAUCAAGAAUCCUUAAGAAUAAAAUGUUGCCAAUACACUAUUUAAAUGCAAAUUGACAAAUCAGGUGCAUAAACAUGUUUAUUGUGUGUUAUUGCAACUAAUAAUAGCCAUGUUUACACCACACCUCCAAUUAUAUACUUAUACAGUCAUAAUCAUAAUAUUUACAAACGGACAUGAGUGAGGUAUCGGAAUCUCUCUGCUUGUUGCGCUGAACAGCGUGUGAAAUUACCCACAACACUUUUUGAUCUUUAGAGUGUUAACCGUAAUGGUGUUCCUGUUUUGCAAGGUUGUCUCAGUUAAUGUGACAUGAUGGGACUUGGUUUGGGGGCAGUCCACCUUGUUCUUCAAUGAUACUUUAGCUGAGCUUUGUAAGUCUUCCACAUCAUCACCUAGAAAAGCUGGAGACACUGAAUUAAAAUGCAGUGCAGAAACCAAAGCUUUGGCUUUCUGAAGCCCAGCUAGUCAGUACGCUUGGUUCAGACACCCAGCGUUGGUUUUUCUCUGUGGUUUGCGAACCACUGUCUUCAGCUGCUUUAGCAAGAAAAGGGGGAAGAAAGAGUUGCUUAAUUUUUCCAGUAAACACUUCUGCUUCUCUGUCACGCUUGUGUCUUGUUGAAAACGCUGCAGCUGUGGUUCGCUGUGUGAAAGUACCCGUCUUUAAGAUGUACUGUAGGAAAUGUGAGAGUAUUACACUGGAAAAAGAAGGUUUUCAACUUUGCCAUGUUCUUUGAAAGCAUUUAAACCUGAUUAACUGCGAUUGCUGUUCAUUUUUUUAUGCGUUAAUUGAUUUUUUAUUUUUUUGUCAUAAUAUUGUUGUGCUGAAAUCCGUUAUGAGUUCUGGGAUGGGGAGAGUUGAUUGGCACGGUCUACUGUAUAUCUCAGGUACACCACACCUUAGCAGCACACGAAAGAUGAAUAUCUUGGAUAAAAACCGUGACCAGAUUCAAGCCGGGCACUUGUGCCAACUAGCCCCAACGAGGGGUUGGGUGGCACGUUUGAUGGGGAUGGUUGGCACAAUAUUAAAAAGGCUGUUUAUAAGAAUGGAAUAUCAAACCAUAUCAAAUAUUUAAACCCAACAAGAAAUGCAGAGUUUUCCAAAACUCUUUGUAUACCUGGUUGAUAUACAUGGUUAGGUGUAGGCAUUGCACAUGCUGGAAACAUUAAUGAUAUUAACAUUACUGUUAUUAAUACCACCUUUACAGGUGAAAUCAAAAUGUGUUUCCAUUAAAUAUUAGUUCUCUUCAAACAUCACCAACCUGAUAACAUUUUUGAGUCAAUUAAACAUUAACAAUGUUUCUUUUAGUUUGUCACUGGCUUAUAUUGAAACAUCUUUUAAUUGGCCUUUACUUCAAAUCUUCUACUUGGCCAAAGUCACAAUUCAUUAUAAACAUUAAAAGUUAGAUUAUUUUGAUCUUGAGUUGAGCAACCUUUUACAACUACAACGUAAACUCAAUGUAAACAGUGAUCUAGUACAGUACUGGGUUCUAGGUGUAUUAUUUAGAAUGCUGCUAUGCUAAUCUGUGUGAAGUGUAAUGUACAAUAAUAUAUGUUUGUGACAAUGGUUGUACACUUGGGUAGCCAACUUGCCAACCUCCCCCAAAAGCCAUAUCCAGCCCCACCCACAUCAGGACAUAACUGCAUCUACUUCAUUAACAAUCUAGCAUUACUUAUCAUUGGGUUCAAAUCAUAUUUCAAAAUAUAGCCUGACUUUUCUACAGUAUGUUUUAAAUUUCUCUUAAAAUCAGUUCUAUACUGUCAUUUUUUACAUUGAAUAAAAUGGAACACUCUUAUAAAAGGUGUUCUACAGUGGUUCUUUAGUAAGGGGUUAUACUUCAUGCCUAAAUGGCUCUUUGCAUGAUGUGAAAUUGUUCUUUAGAUUGAUGGAGAAAGUGUAAUAUACAAUUCUCUAUAGAAAAUGUUGUGUAUAGCACAAAUGGGUUCCUCUAUUGUUAUAAUCUCAAACUUAUACAACACAUUCUCCAUCAAUCUGAAGAACCAAUUCAUGAACCAUUUAAAGAACCAUUUAAGUGCGUGUGAGUUAUCUGUCAAAAUAAAAUGUGAUCAAAAUAAUCGUACUUUUCUCAGAACAGUGUAGCUGCACUGAAAAAGGGGUUCGCGAAUAAACUCCAACGGUAAAUAGAAUUUUCUUUUUCAAUGCUUAGAAAGCACUGACAGUGUUCCAUGUGGUUGCUAACCUGCAUACAGCAUUACGGCCCGUAUACUUGGUGACCGUGCACUUUAAGGGUCUUUCUCUGUUCACACAGUAGAUCCUUAUCAAUGUGGAGGUUUUUUUUAAGUGUGUUACUCAUGCUUGGCUUCCUUCUCUUGCCAUGCAACUUCCUGAGUAGACUUCUAAAAUAACCCCAUAUCACGCCAUCUCAAAAGCAAGCAUCAAGUACAAAUUGUCCCUCUACAGUUUGAUGUUUGGACUCUGCCAUCAUUACAAAUAUUAUACUUUUAACUAUUAUAGUACUUUAAAUAACACAUAAACCGUGCAAUACCUCCAUCAGGUGUUUAUGCUCAAACAUAGCUUGAACUUCAACUUCAGUUUUGAACCAAUUUGACAGAUUUCCUUUCAGUAUUUCAGUUAACCCCUUGAAAUCCCAGGCUCAUUAUAUACAAGGCUUAUUUUACAGUAGGUACAUGGACUACAAUGAAAACUGGCUUAUUCUUAGGUUAUAGAUGUAAAAACAAAUACAUUAGAAAAUUUAUCUUCUUUAUUGCUGGAGCUACAAGGCUACAGUUGCUAACAAACUAUUGAAACCAAUAGUCACCCAAAUCCUUCCCAUAAUUAUCCGUCCCCAAAAUUUCUCUCAUCAUGCUCAAACUGCACUGAUGUGGUUGAGAGGAAUCAGAAUUUGGCACAACACUCAUGCAUUCCAUGAGCUAAGAAUGCUAAAAUAAAUAAAUAGAUAAAACAAUAAAUAAAACAAUUGAAAUUGUCUGAAAAAGACUUGUGUAUGUUAUAUUUUCUUAAAGAUUUUUUUCAAAAUCUACAGCCUAAUAUUGUUCUUCUAAUUCAUCUAAAGAUACAUUAAUUUGCAUAAUGUCUGGCCAGAACGAGAGAUCAGCAGAGGUGCACAUCAGUGAUGCCAGCUAUAGCACAUCAUAUAACAGCACACUAUGACAUCACAGUGUGAGUACGUCACAUAAAUGUUGCACAUAAGUUUUAGAACCCCUGCUCAAAUCACCUCUGUCUCAACCUUAAUAAAGAGCUGGACGAGAGAAAUUGUAUUAUUCUGUACACUUCAGUGCCAUUUUCACAGAUUGCAGCUCUCAAGCUAGGACCAUGAAAAGUUGCCAGAUUAUAGAGCCUAUAUGAGAAUGGUACACUUUUGCUUAAGGAUCCAAUCACAUGGUAUGAUUUUUGUACAGCAACAAUUCAAACACAGUAUUUCUCCCCACAAUGCUACAAGUUGGGAUUCUGCACCAACAGCCUAGCAACCACCCAGGAUUCUACAGUAACAGCCUAGCAACACUUUAGUUAGCAAUGGCCUUGUAACACCUUAGCAACCACCUGGGAUGAUGUAGCAACAGCAAAACAACACCUUAGCAACCACCUAGAAUACUGUAGCAUUGGCCUAGGAACACCUUUCCAACCCCCUGCAUAUCAACAGUUUAACAACACCUUAGCAACCACCUGGGAUACCAUGACAAUGGCCUAGUGAUGCCUUAGAAACAACCUGAAAUACCAUAGCAAUGGCCCAGCAACAUCUCAGCAACUACCUGGGAUUCCAUAGUAAUGGCCUAGCAAUACCUUAGCAACCACAUGGGAUAGCACUGCAAUGGCCUAGCAACACCUUAGCAACCACCUGGAAUACCAUAGCAAUGAUCUAGCAACACCUUAAGUUCAACUUAAACCUUGGUAAGGAUGGAGACAGCAGCUGUUGAUAAAACUAAAACACAUUAAUGCAUCAUGUUGCCUUGUAGUUUGAUUUCUCUCAACAGCUUCUUUUUGCAGUGAUAUUAUCUGCAAAAAGCAGAUUUGGUAUAUUUGAUUUUUCACCAAAUCUUUCCUUUAAUCAAGCUUAGCAAAUGCUCCAGUUUCUGAUGUUGGGAAGGGAAACUUCUUUGCUACCUUUGGUCUUCAGGGUUUUAGCAUUGAAGACGCACUGAAUUUUACUUUGUUCACUGUAAAUAUAUUUACAUGUAUAUUAUUUGUAGUGUUGGAUUCCUAUGGAAGAGCGAACGGGGAUAAUUUACAUGCUGUUUAGAAAUAUGGGAAAAUGCAUUUGUGUUAUUCUUGACUGCUUUAGCUUAAUUAUAGACCUGGUUGCACUCUAUAUUGCCAUGAUUACACCCUUGAUUAUGCUUGUUUUAUAUUCAAAAGUUUAGUCUGUUCACUGCAGCUGUACUUUGUGUUUGUGUAUAUUAAUGUGAUAUUUUACAUUUAUAUUUGUAACUACUUUGUAGUGUUUUAUUAGUGUUAUUAUUUUAUUUUUUUUUGCCAGAGAGGACAUUAUGGUCAUAGUUUACAUGCUAUGAAUAAAAUCAUGUAACUGUAA